AUGUGUUCUAAUGCUAUUGAUAAUGGAACUUUGGUAAUAUUCCAUUUGGCACCACAGGAUUAUCACCAUUUCCAUGUUCCAGUAUCAGGAACUAUUGAGCAAUUUGUUGACAUCCCUGGAUGCUUAUAUACGGUCAAUCCAAUUGCUGUAAAUAGCAAGUACUAUAUUGUAUUCACGGAGAAUAAGCAAGUUUUUUCAAUAAUUUCUACUGUGGAUUUUGGAAAGGUGGUAUUUGUUGCAAUAGGAGCUACUAUGGUCAGCAGCAUUACUUUUACAAGGAAAAAGGGUAAUUAUGUCAAAAAGGGAGAUGAUGUUUUCCAUUUUGUUUUGAUUUUUUCUCUGCAGAAUUCAAUAGCAAUUGAUGAAGAUCUUCUAGCAAAUAGUAGGAGAUCACUAUAG